UCUGCGAUGUUCCGUGAUGGCAACACUGCACAAAACCUUUUUAGAGGUUAACGUAAAAUAACCACACAUUUUCAGUCUUUCACAUUUUGAUUUAUUCUUUUGAAAUCAAAAAUACAGAUAACAAUAUGGUGAAACAUUCAAACAAAAAAUCCAAGAGGCAAAAUGCUCAUCAAAGGUACAAGAUUGAAAAGAAAAUCCGCCAGAAUAAUAAAAAACUACGUGACACCAAAAACAGUCCAAUCAAAAGUGGAAAACAAAAGCUAACACAAGUACCCAACAUAUGUCCAUUUAAAGAUGAGGUACUUAAGGAAGUUGAAGUUUUAAAGAAACAAAAGGAAGAGGAACGACAAAAAACUAAAGAAAAUGCAAGGUUGGAAAAGCAGAAGGCCAAAGAGGAGCAAAAGAAGGCACAGUUAAGUGCUGGGUUGGAGGGACUGGUCAACAGUGCUGAGACAAGAGGUAAACUGCAUGAUGCCUUUGCUCCCGUAAUUUCUGACAAAACUCUAGACAUCAACAAGGAAAACUCAGUCAAAGCUUAUUACAAGGAAUUCAAAAAGGUAGUAGAAGCUGCAGAUGUGGUCCUAGAGGUUGUGGAUGCCAGAGAUCCUUUAGGGACCAGAUGUAAUCAAGUGGAACAGGCAGUAAGGGACAUGAAAGGAAACAAAAGAUUAGUGAUAAUUUUAAACAAGGCUGAUUUAGUGCCACGUGAAGUGCUAGAUAAGUGGUUGAAAUAUUUAAGAACUACCACACCAGCUUUGGCCUUCAAGGCUUCCACACAGAAUCAGUCUAAAAGACUAGGACAGAAAAAGAUGAGCAAUAACAGCAAGGCAUUGCAAGGAUCUGCAAGUGCUGGCAGUGAACUGAUACUGUCAUUGCUGGGUAAUUAUUGUAGAAAUAAGGGAAUUAAAACAUCCAUCAGAGUGGGUGUUGUUGGUUUGCCUAAUGUGGGUAAAAGUUCCCUAAUCAACAGUCUAAAAAGGUCAAGGGCCUGUAAUGUAGGUGCAACUCCAGGAGUGACGAAAGCAAUGCAAGAGGUGCAACUGGAUUCUAAAAUCAAAUUGCUGGAUUCACCUGGUAUAGUUUUUGCGGCGGGGUCGGACAGUAGUGCGUCGUUACGAAAUGCCGUUCGUAUAGGACAAUUAGACGAUCCCAUAACGCCUGCAAAUGCAAUUUUGCAACGUGUCAGCAAACAACAGAUGAUGGAAAUGUAUGAUAUACCUGAAUACAGCACACCUGAAGAGUUUUAUGGGUUAAAGGCGACCAGAACGGGUAAAUUUAAAAAAGGAGGAGUUCCAGAUACUUUGGCUGCAGCAAGGGGAUUGUUAGAAGACUGGAACAAUGGAAAAAUUAAAUAUUAUACUUUACCUCCAGAACAGAAUGAGAAUGAAGCACACAUUAGUUCUGCUAUUGUGUCAGAAGUGGCUAAAGAAUUUGACUUGGCCAAUUUUGAAUCAAUGGAAAUGGAGGUUUUAAACACAAUUGAGAAAGAUUUUGGCACUGCCGAUAAAUCUUUUGUACUUGACAGUAUGGGAUCUGUUAAUGCUAUUGAAGAAAUGGAAGAAGACACACAUCAGGAUAAUUUAUUGAGUGAUAAUAUUAGUAUAGCCUCCAGUAAGAAGGAUAAGAAAAAGCAAGAAGAAGGAGUAAAGAAACCAGAUCCAGAAAUGCAAUUGGAAGGCAAUAGACAAUUGAAUCAGUUAAGAAAAAAACAGUUUAAAAAGGAAAAAAAGGAACGAAACAGGCGAGAAAAAGUCGCAUUACAGUUAUCCGCUGGUUUGGAAAAUUUUUCAUUAAAUAUGGAUGAAUCUGAGAAUUUUAUUAAUACAGAUGUUAAUAUGUAAUUAAAUAAAAAAUGACCUUAAAAUA